UUUUCUGUAUUUGAAAUGUCAACAGAAGCUGAACAACCAUCAAAGUUCCAAGAGAUAACAUUUCACAGCCAGUGUUGGUUCUUGACCCUUCAUGCACACCACCUUGGAGUGUUACCUGUCAUGCGGAAGUACACACGCCGCAUCCGAGCCAUUCGGGAUCUUCAGAAAAUGGUUGAAGAAAUUGAAAGCACAGAAUCUCAGUGGGCCAACCUUCCUGUGGCAUCAAGGCAGAGAGAGCUUCUUAAGAAAUGGAAGACCCAGUUAAAGAAACUGAAUAAGUCAAGGAUCUGUGCUGAUGCCGGGCUGCUGGACGAGAAAUUGUUGGAACGAUGCAUGCAUUUCUACUCUGAUGUUGCCAAGAUAGUCUUACGGGCACUCACUGGAGGACCAACUAGUCUGGCUCCCCUGGGAAGCUCUCUUGUAGAAACAGCCAACUUCUCCCCUGUCACCAUCAAACCAGAACUCUUUGCUGCCAUGCCUGAGUGGUACUUGGAUGACAUGGCAGAGUUUUUGCUUUUUACGUUACAGUACAUGCCCAAGGUGCCCAUCAAACACUUAGAAGACCCAAUCAUCACCAUGACCAUUGUUCUUUUGUGUACUCCCACCCAUAUUAAGAACCCAUACUUAACAGCCAAACUUGUUGAGAUGGUGUUCAUGUUGACCCCUUCAGUCCAGCAACAUGUCGAUAGCUUACAUCAGCGCAUCCUUCACCAUCCACUAGCAGUACACCUACCUGUAUCUUUGAUGAAAUUUUACACAAUGGUGGAGACAACAGGAGCAAGCAGUGAGUUCUAUGACAAAUUCACCAUCCGUUAUCACAUUAGUGUAAUUUUCAAGAGCCUUUGGGAAGACAGAGGACACAGGCAAGCUGUAAUAACAGAGUCCAAUUCUGGUAAAGAGUUUGUGAAAUUUGUGAACCUCCUGAUGAAUGAUACAACAUUCCUUUUGGAUGAAUCAUUAGAUGCUCUGAAGCGCAUCCAUGAAGUCCAGGAGGAAAUGGAGAGAGGCACUUGGUCACAGCAGACUAGGGAGCAGCAGCAGACAAGACAGAGGUUGCUGGCCACAGACGAAAGACAGUGCAGAUCAUACUUGACAUUAGCAAGAGAAACAGUUGAUAUGAUGCACUACUUGACAAAAGAGGUGCCAGCCCCAUUCUUAAGGCCAGAGCUCUGUGACAGACUGGCUGCAAUGCUCAACUUCAACCUUGCUCAGCUCUGUGGACAGAAGUGUGGGAAUCUAAAGGUGCGGCAAGCAGACAAAUAUGGAUGGGAGCCAAGAAAACUGCUAGAGCAGAUAGUGGAUAUUUACUUGCAUUUAGACUCGACUAAGUUUGCUCAAUCUAUUGCUAAUGAUGAGAGAUCUUUCAAGAGAGAGCUGUUUGAAACGGCAGCAUCCAAGUUGGAGCGAGCAGUGAUUAAAUGUCAGUCAGAAAUUGCUCAAUUCCGGAGCAUAGGAAACAAAGCCUUCAAUGUCCAGCAGGCCAAUCAGAAAAAGGAGGAGGAUUACAGUGAUGCUCCUGAUCAUUUCAUGGAUCCACUGAUGCAGACACUGAUGGAAGAUCCAGUUGAACUUCCCUCGGGAGUAGUCAUGGAUAGACCAACAAUUGUGCGUCAUCUGCUGAAUGAUCCGACAGAUCCAUUCACACGCCAACCUCUUUCAGAAGAGCAGCUGAAGCCAGCGGAAGCUUUGAAGAAGGAAAUCAGUGAAUGGAUUGCCUCCAAAAGUAUCCCAAAGAGCACAUCUUGAGGGCAGGACUGCAGUAGCUGGAAUGGUUCUACAUUUAGUGCUGUAUUAGACCCUUUGCCACAAGUAGAUACAUACAGACAAAACUGUACAGAUAAGAUUAUUAUGUGCAAACAUAAAUAUGGAAAUUGUCAAAAAGAAAUUUGGUAAGUGGUAAAAUAAGUUAAUCAGAAAAAGUCUAGACAGACAUUUACAACCACAUUCAGACUCUUACCCACACACACUGGCUUGCCUUCCAUUUGCUUAGAAGAAAACAUUUUUUUAUAUAGGUUCAGAGUGGAAGGAGAGAGAAGUGGAGAUGGCAUUUUAUAUCUUCAACAUUUUGGUGCACCUCAUACACAUAUGCUAAGUUAUUUGUUAAGUAUGAUUGUUUGGAACUAAGAGUGUGUUAACAUUACUUUGGUGGAAAAAAACACAAAAGAAGGUUGAACUAUAUGUCAGUAAUAAACAUUUUGUUGGCUUACAAAUUUUGGCUUGAAACAUGAGGUGUGCUGUGCAUUGAUUAGUAAGUCAAAAUUGCAUGUGAUUAUAAAGGACUUGAGUUUACAUUUUAUAUUACCAGCACAGUAAUGUGAGGCUCUACUUCAUUAGCUUAGAGAUCACAGAUUUCUCAAGGAGGUGCAUAAAGAUAUUUUUUAUAUUCAAAGCUAAGACAGAGGCAGCAGAUUUCUUUCAAAUGUUUGAAGGUGAGCAAACUUAUAUUGAUGAGCAUCUCUGUCCCUCAGUCAUUUUGAAUUAAAUCUAGCAAAAUUUAUAUCCAUAAGUCAUAUUUAUUGCAGAAAUUCUAUUCUUAAACUCAUAACAAAGAUAGAACAUAUUGGUAUAAAGUUUAUCAGAACUAUUUCAUAUUUAUAGAUUUCAUUUGUCUUUUAAUACACAAUUUAUGAACACUGCCAGAAUAUGUGUACUGGUAUUCUAUUGUGAUAAGUUAAACCUUCCAGGACAUAUGGCUACUAUUGCGAUAUAAGGCAGUUUCCUCCAAAGAUCUUGGAUGAUUUUG